UAUCGUCUUAUUGAAUUUAUUCGUACAUUAAUAAAUAAUAAAACAACAGUUAAUACAUUUCUUCAAACAUCACAUUGGUUUUUAGUUUUAAAAUUAACUAUUUUUGAAUGGCGUAUACCAGCUCCGUAG